UUGUGUCCACGCCCUAUUGUGAAUAGUUUUGAUUCAGCUGAUUUUACAUUCCAGAUUCUAAUUUUCCAAUCAUGAAGGAAUUCGACGAUCCUGCCUUUAGCGUUGAGAAAUAUACCAAAGACUUGACAAGAGAAUGCGUGGGCGGCAGCGAUUUGCAACAACGAAAAAAGGAAAUCGAGGCGUACAACGAAACUACGGCCUCAACGCUCAAACAAACAUGCAAAAAGAACUACAUGGAGUUUAUACAGACGGCAAAGGAGAUAUCUCAUCUCGAGGCGGAAAUGUACCAAAUGUCGCACAUUCUGAUUGAACAGCGCAACAUUUUGGCCACCAUGACUGAUGGCAAGACCUCGAAUCAUCUGAAAACGGAAAGUUUGGAGGCGGACAGCACCACCGCAUCGGAGGAUGCUGAAAAUAGCCAUGCCACCCGAGCUGUCAAGGAAAUGGUCCAAGGAUUCAACGGCAAUCUGGAGGGCAAGACCUUUCUGAACGAGGGAGCUUUAAUUCAGUUGGAUGCCAAUGAUUAUAGGCCCAUUCAGCAGGUCUUCUUUUUUCUCUUCAACGAUGUGUUGAUUGUCUGCAAAGUAAAGCACGAUAAGCGCUUGGAGUUUCUGACCGAGUACGAUCCCAAAAAAAUAGCCGUAAUCAACAUCAAAGAUUUGGAUGGCGUUAAGAAUGCCAUUAAUAUUAUUACACCAGAUGGAUCUAAGAUCUACCAAAGCAUCACGGCAGCAGGAAAAACUGAGUGGAUCGAAAAACUGGAAGAAGCCUUUCGUUUUGACCAGCAAAAAAGGCAGAAGGGUCAAGCACCCCAGCCUCCCACGAGGGUAAAACAGAAAUCGAAAGCUUCUACCCCAGAGAAAGAAAGCACUCCUCAGAGUCCUGGCGAGCCCAAAUCCCUAGAAGACGAGACUCCCGAGUGGCUAAGCACGGCCAGCGAGGAGAUCCAAACCCUGGUAGCCCAGCGCCACUUUGAAGACGCCCAAGAACUGAUAAAGCGCACUCAGGACUUCUUGAAAAAUGUUAACAGGAAGAAGAUCCCACUGGCGGACGCCAUUGAAACCAAGGUUAAGCAGCAGGAGCUGAAACUGGUCAAUGUUCUGCUAAAGGAGUUGUCUAACAGUCAUAACCGAAAUCUGCAAAUUGCUUUGAGGGCCGCCAAGCGACCGUUAAAAAUCCUCGUGGAGAUGGGACGCUACCGACAGGCAAGUGCCACUCUACUUAAGGUUUGUGCUGUCAGUUUACGGGUAGCACAAAGGGAGGCCCGCAGGAAUAAUGCCGAUAUAUCGGAGCUGUUCUUCUGUGAUCUGACGCAGGUGGCCUGUGAUUUUCUCACAGCUUUCGAGAAACAACCUGCGUGUGUUAGUGCUCUGGUGGUUUGGUGCAACGCUGAACUGCAAUACUUCGCCAGCCAGCUGAUCAAACACUAUCUGACCAAGGGAACCUCUUUGGAGUCGGUGGCCAAAUGCGUGGAGCGUGUACGCAAGCCCUCGACGAAGCUCACGGAGAUCGGCUUGGACAUCAGCUACCAUUUAGAGGGUCUGUUGCGCACCACGCUUGAGUCGCUGAUCGAGGAGUCCAAGGAGCGAUUGCUGGAUUCGGUGGGACGCACUGAGGAGAGUUGGCAGCCGUACAACUUGCAAACCAAGUCGAAUUUAAAGCGACUUUUACUGGAGUUGGAUGUCUUGGGCAUCGACGUGCGGGCGCAGGCCACCGGCGACACCUGGAUGAAUCUCAACCAAUCCACGGUGGUCUUCAUUCGCCAUUUCCUGCAGCUCACCGAACACUGUGGCUGCCUGGCCAAGUGUGAAACCCUGCUGCAGAGUCUAGAACUUCUGCUGAAAGAACUGUUUAUUGCCCAGCAUUCCCUGAAGCCACCCAGCGAUAUGGCCGUGGAUCCCAACUUCGUGAUGAAGAACAAGAUAUUUUUGGUGGACAAUCUGCUGCCCAUUGCCAUCGAAAAGUUUCGGCAGAUCUCAGGCCGCCAGUGCGAAGGACUGCGGGAGUUGCACUCGAAAAUGUCCCGGCAACAAGGCGCUCCAAUGCCGCGCCAGCGAAGCGUCUACACCACAGACGUGUUUUAAUGAACAUCCUGGAGAUUUACUUUCGAUUACAUAUAAUUUUUUAUUUUUUCGUUUUGCUUCAAUUAUUUAUAAUAUAAUUAUAUACAUAUAUAACCACAAUAAUAAUAAUAUUUGUAAAAUUAAAAAUCGAAGCGUGUGCUGCACUCUAUCUCUUGCUUAUUACAAUUUCGCCGUUCGCAUUAUAUAUAGUUGUAAAUAUAUAUAAAUCGAUUCGUUUUUUUUUAUUUACUCUAAACACUAAACAAUUUAGCUGUGUUCUACUUUUCGGUUUCGGUUGUUGACGCGGCUCUUGUUGGGCUAAGCUGCUCAAAAUAUAGGAUUUUACAGUUGGUUCUGAAGAGUUUGAUUCACACAAGUAAUUCCACAUUUCCUCGUUACAUAUUUUCAAAUUACAUACAAGCAAAAGCUGACUGAUCUUAGCUUUUUCUGACCCCCAAUGCGAGUGAGUGUUUCAAAAGUUGUUUCCGUGUUUAAUUUAUAAUGUAAAACUCUUAACUAAAAUGCUUACUAAGUAUAUUCAUUUAUAUUUAUAUAUAUAUACCUUCUUUUAUGCAAA